CGCUCGUUGAAUCGACGUGCAAAAGCAACAUUGUUAAUGAGCCCUCAGCUUUCACCACAGCUCCAUCAUUCCAGAACUGUGUUGCCAAGCAAUGGUGAGGCCAACAGCAGACAUGCUCUUUACAACAAGGAUGCUGUGAAUAGGAGAAGAGGAGUGGGAGGAGGGAGUGUGGACAUAUCUGCUGCCUCCAGCAGCCAGAAUAGAGAUUUUACAGCUGACAUGAUCACUUACCGGACUCAUAGCAUUCAUGGUGGAGACAUAAAAAAGCUGUCUGAGCAAACCGCUGCAGCCUGCACUGUACAGGAGGUCAGAGGGAAAAUCAUGAGCUCACAACAGCCCAGCUUUGAUGGAGCAGACCAGGAUAACGUCAACCUCAGGUUGCUGAGCAAUGAAGAUGACUCCCAGACAAUUUGCCACAGUCUCAACAUUGUCAAAAACAUUGCCGUCUUGUACCAGGAAUACCGGGAUACCUCCAAGCAACAGGAGAUUGAGCAACGGCGGCAGCGUGAGAACCUUUCUCCUGGAGUCAUGGCAGCGACUGUGGUGGCAGGGUCUGGUGUCAUGUCUCCCCCAGUGUUACAGCUGCAGCUAAGAAACAGUGCACGCUCACUGAGCUUGUGGCAGAACCUGGAAGCUGUGCAGGCCAGUGGUCUGCUCACCCAAUUACCGCAGAAAGAAAUCAUAAUGCAAGAGGCCAUGUUUGAGCUUGUUACCUCAGAAGCAUCCUACUACAAGAGUUUGGAGAUUUUAGAGACUCACUUUCUUCAUAACCCUGUUUUAAUCAACACUCUCUGCCAAUCCGACAUGCAUUUUCUGUUCUCCAACAUUGAGGAAGUCAUGAAAGCCAGUGAACGGUUCCUGAUGGAUCUUGAGCACCGAAUUGAGAAGUCUAUUUUGAUUUCUGAUGUGUGUGACAUUGUUUACCACCACGCUGUUGAACACUUCAGUGUCUUCAUCAAAUACGUUAUUAACCAGGUGUACCAAGAGAAGAACUACAGACGCAUUUCAGAGGGAAAUCAGGCAUUUCGGGAGGCCAUGGCUGCACUGGAGAACCAUCCAUUUGUCAGAGGCCUGUCCUUUACGUCAUUCCUAAUCCUUCCUUUCCAGAGGAUCACAAGGCUCAAGUUGCUUGUACAAAAUAUCCUGAAAAAAGCAGAGGUAAACUCGGAGAGAGAGGCAAAUGCUAUUAAAGCACAUCAACAACUGGAACAGAUUGUGAAAGAAUGUAAUGAGGGUGUGCGAAAAAUGAGUCGCACUGAGGAGCUUAUCAGCAUUGAGAAAACACUGGAGUUCAAAUCCAAGUCUGUGCCCAUCAUUUCCCACUCACGCUGGUUGCUAAAGAAGGGUGCAGUGCAGCUAAUGGCAGGGCCCAAGAGCACUAGGACCAUGCGGAGCCGUAAGCUCUACCAACCAGUGUACUUGUUCCUUUUUAACAAUCUACUGCUGGUCACCAAGCGCAGUUCUAGUGGGGACAAGUUCCAGGUUCUGGACUCUUGCACGCGGGCCAUGUUGAGGACUGAAGAUCUUGAAGACCAGGGCCAGCUGCUGGCCAAUGUCUUUAAUCUUAAACUGCUGGAGAACCAAGAGGAGCGUCCUGUCAGCUACAUGCUCAAGACCUCCAGUAUGAGUGAAAAGCUUCGAUGGAUGUGUGCUCUCACUCCCAACCGACGCACACGCUUUAUGUCUACUAGUGCCAACCAACCAGACUCUCUGCAGGUGCAGUGUAUUCAGUCAUACUCAUCCCAGGAGCCAGAUGAACUCUCCAUUGAGAUGGCCGAUGUUUUGAACCUCCUGGAGAGAACAGAUGAUGGCUGGAUGAUGGGUGAGAGGCUCCAUGAUGGUGAGAGGGGCUGGUUCCCUAGUAGAGUAGUAGAGGAUAUCCAGAGCAAGGAGGUCCGAGCUCAGAACCUGAAAGAGGCAUUCAGGAUCCAUCAGGCUCAGGAAGGUGGAGGAGGCCCUCAUACUGGAGCUAGGAUUGGCUUAAGGGUGGGGAGGCGCACCCCAAAGGUCUCUAACUUCUCCAAUCCUUGGAUUGAUCAAAUGGAGGAGAGCAGUGAAGUAAAGCAGUGAAUCAGUAACAGUUACAUCACCAUUUAGGGCCAUAUGCACUACGAAGAAGGAUACAUGUGACCUGAUUUCCAUACAAUGACAUCUUGUCAUUUUGAUAAUGAUUAUUUAGUAGUGGAUAGUUUUGAAGAUCCACAGUUAUGGUCUCAGUGAUCUCAGACAAAUGAUGAAACAUCAUGUAUAAGCAAUGCUGCAUGUCUCAUAUAAAUGUGUGCUGAAGGUGUUUUGUUGUUCCCCACACUGUGGUGAGUAAUGCAUGGAGCAAAUCUUGGUGCUGUGUUUUGGGAUGGCAAGAACCUGAAAAGUUGAUUCUAGGUAACUUAUUGUGAAGGUACUGUAAACAUCCCUCAGCUGCAUGGACAAGUUUUGAAACUUUUAAUGUAUUAAUUUAAUUGUGAAAUGCCUUUCAACACUGAAUAAUACCCCGUACCCUCUUAAAGCCAAACGCAAACAGUUAAGUGUUUAAUAAAAUAAAUACAUAAAGUAAUAUUGUAUGAAAAUUACCAAUGAUUAUUUAGAAAGCCUGUGUCUAUGAAUAUUCAAAUAAAUGAGUCAGCUAAAGUAAUAGUCCACUCAAAAUGUAUUUUUUGAUUAUGAAUUACUGACUAUAGUCAGACUUGUUUGCUGGCUGUACAAGGUGUUAAAGGCUCCAUUGUGGAGAACACUGGCAGUAUUCAGCUAGGCCUCACAACAAUGAAAACAGUUUUCAUGGCAGCUACAAAUGUGUCAGGACCUCCACAGAAAUGUCAAAACAACCAUGCAGCAUGAUCUACCAGUAUGUCCCAAACCUGUGGAUAAAAUACAGGAACACCCUGAAUACUUGAAUACUAUAAUUAUGAUAACUAUAAAUGCAUUACGUUAUUCUGCCGCAUAUUAGAUAAAAUUAAGUCCUUUAACAGCCCUCAUAUAACUACAAAAAUAAAUGAAAAGACACAAUGGGCAUAGACUAUAAUAACCUUUAGUGCAGAUAUAUUUUCAGGGAAAGUCCUCACAUUUUAAAACUUGUUCAAAUGUUUUCAGGAUCAAUUCUUUUUUUUCAUGAUAUAGGAUAGGAUCUUCAAUUGUGUGGUACAGCUAUUUUGGAUUGAGUGACCAACAAAGGCCUAUUCUGUUUUGGAAAUACCCCAAACUGGACCCCCCAACUGUCAUAGUGCAACCAUCACACAGUUUCAAACAGUUCUCCUGUUGUCUAAUGCCAAGAGGAACAGCUUUUUUUCUAACUGCCAUGAGCCCAAGCUGACCGCAGUCUAUCUUCUCUGUCAAAGAGCAAACAACACACCAACAGCUAUCUUCUAAGCCUACAUUGUUAAAUGCUCAAAAGAUAGAUUUUGUGUCGAAUGUCACUUUAAAAUUGUCAAUAUAAUAGGAGUACACACAAAUAAACACACAUACAGACACACACAAAUAAACACACAAGAUAAACACACACACAGAAUGUUGUAACUGUAUCAACACUAUGAACAACUAUGGAACAGUAUGAUUGUAAAGGGUAUUAUGUCUUAACAUACUGUAUGUGUACAAUAUUGCAAACAUUUAAUGUAAC